UUGGUGGACCCACAACCGCCAUACAAGAAACAACGACUCGCCAGUGACCCCCCAUCUGAACCCUCAACUUCACGCCAUCCACCUGGCCGGUCAAAAGUCAAAAAGUCUCGCCACAAAGCUGCUUUGUCCGAGUCGGACGAUUUCGACGAAGAACCAGAGCCAGAGUCUGAUCUCCCAUUCGAUGAUGACGAGGAGUACAUGUCGGAGCCCAAGGCCACUGGGAAGCGGGCAGGCGGAAAGAAGAGCAAGGGCAAGGAGAAGGAAAUAACGGUCAUGGCUCGCGACGAACGGAAAAAGCGGCCAGAUACCGAAUCGACUUUGCGGCCCAAACCAAGACAGUCGGAUUUUGCGGCUAGCUCUCCAGCAAUGCGUGAGGACGCCUCACAGCCCAAGAAAAAGCUGCCCAAUAUCAAGAAAAUUAAAGGUGCUGGGGAGUCGACAACCUCUGCUCCGUCAACUCCACCAGUCGCGCUGAAACAUAACCCGCCACCCGAAACUAAACUACCAUUACCAGUGGUUGCAGCGCGCAAACAACCAGUCGGCCCUCAAUCUGUUGACCUAGACCUUUCUAAUCCUUCAAUGUAUGCCCAACUCUUCAGCAAGUCGAACACGUCAUCCGGAUUUACUCGACGCGACAAGGAAGAAGAGCGGAGGAAGGAGUUGAUUAAGAUGCGCGAUGAGGCAAAGGCAAAGCGAUUGAGUGAAGCGGCUCCACCUUUUGACCUCCAAGGGCAAAUGGACAAGAUCAUUCGUUUCGAGGAGAGGCUUAGAGCGGUCAGAAGUCCUUCGGUCUUUCCAAAUCACCUCGCCGGCGGCUUAAAACAAAUACAAGCCAGAAUGAACUAUCCUACAACAACAACAGACCCCGAUGCUACGCUUGAAGAAGGCGAAAUGUAA